AUGCCUCCAAAAACGACGCGGAAAAAAGAUUAUUCAUCGAGUGAUAACAUCGAAAUGGUCGGAAAGUACCAGCUGUGGAUGUUAAAGGCUGAAGUUGGUGAAACCAUUGCCGGUUCCCCAAAUUCCGAUGAACUCACACAUCAGGAAAAUCUUUUCCAAGAUAUACUUAAUGCUUUGAUCAUGACGUCCAUGCAAUUAUCAUAUGUAUAUAUGAUAACAAUCAGGGUAUACGGAGCGUUAGCACUUAUAACAUGUUUGAAAAGAAAAGAACGUCUUCCAAAACGACACUCACCCAUCUGGUCUACAACUCUGCAAGGCUCCAUUGUGUGCUUCAGUGGAAUCGAAAUGAAAACACGGCAACAUCAAAUUUUGCUUGUGAAGAUGAUGGGUGGGACGAUUUCUAAAGCUUUUACGAAAAAAGUCACCCAUUUAGUUGCUGAUUCUCAGGACACAGAAUCUAAAAAAUUUGUUACUGCUGUAGACUAUGCAGUUCCAGUACUUUCGGCCAGCUGGAUAUUUGCGGCAUGGAAAAAUGCAAAAGCGUUUAAUGAAGCAAAAUAUACCGAUGAACAGUUUAUCAGCGAACAUAAGCUCCAAAUUUUUGUUAAAUGUGUUAUAAGCUGCUCAGGUAUAUCUCCUCAAGAUCGGUCAACACUUUCGCGCCUUAUUGAAGCAAAUGGUGGUGUCUAUACUGGAAAUAUGAAAAAAAAUUACUGCACUCAUUUGGUGACCGAUUUAAAUUCGGGUGAGAAAUAUAAAAUUGCUCGGAAAUGGGGCUGGAAUAAAAUCAGAAUCGUUCGUUUGCGAUGGGUUACAAAAAGUGUAGAAAAGGGAUAUCGUCUUCCUGAAAGACUUUACGAAACGAGAAUCAAUUCUGCUGAUGAAUGUAAUACACCACGGACUUCACAGCUUACUCAGUUUCAACCACUUAGAAAUCUAGAAAUUAGUGUUAUUCGUCGCUCAGCUCAUCAGCAGCAAACAAUGAAUGUAUCGGGAGGUAAUAAUGGACUUGUGUCAAACGCUGCUCCACAGAUGUACUUAACGCAAACUGAAAGUGCUGCAGCAGAAAUAAAUAAAUCAACCGUCAUCGAAAGCAAUUCGUUUAAAAUGAAACCAUCGCAGCGAACAAUGACGGAAAUGGAUCCCAUUGUACUCUUCGACUUAGAUGCUCUUCGCUUUAAUGAUUUCAUGAGUAAUUGUAUCAUCUAUUUGUGUGGAAUAGAGGAUGGAAAUUUCAAAAAAUACAAAUGGCUUACUAACAGAGUUGGAUCGGGUCGACGUGACAGGCUUGUGUACACUGAUACUACUCAUGUGGUAGUUGGUCCACAAAGACUGGACUGGAAGUUGAUUAAGCAGCUCGAGGAAAAAGCACGCAGUAAUGUGAAAGUGGUUACAUGUGAAUGGUUGUUGGAUUGUGCCAAAGCACAAAUAAUUUUGGAUGAAUCAGAUUAUUUGAUUUUUAAACAAGAAAAAAACAGUCUUGGGCAUUCGCAACAGAGAUUAAAUGUAGCGGCUAUGAAAGAACUUGAUUAUAACGAUGAACCGAAGACGGAAAUUACAUUGAGAAUUACUGAAGUAGGAACUAAACUGUUAGGUAAAGCAGUUGGAAUGUUGAGGGAUGCUGAACUGGAUUCUACAGAAAAAAUUGUUUGGGAAAGACCAGUAAGCAGUGACGAUGAAGCUGACAAAGAUAGUCGUUAUUUGUUCGCUGGAUUGUCCUUUCGCAUUGUUGUUAAAAAAGAAGAAAUUCGAGAUAAACUGUUUUCUGUUAUUGAAAGUCACAGAGGUAAAGUAGAGCGAAAGACGAAAAUUUGGGUUGAUUAUAUGGUAUGUGAAGUGCUGGAUUAUUUGCUCAAUGACAGUACAACGAAUUUCAAUUGUGGUAGUGUUGUUUCGUCGUUUUGGCUGCAAGAAUGUAUUAAAAGAAGUGCAAUAAUGAAUGCCGAAAAGCACCCACUUUAUCGACCUAUCGAGGCAUAUGAAACUUCUCAGAUUUUUGAUGGGCACGUUGUUGGUUUGACUAUGUUGCCUGAAGCUGAAAAGGAUAUUUUUACUAAUGUUCUGUACAAAUUUGGUGCGGAUGUGAAAAAUCAUUUGGGACAGGUUAAGCAGUUAAAUAUCUGUACCGAAAUAGUAACCGGUGCUGAAACUAAUCUUACUGAAUCUGCACGUCACUGGCAAAUACCUGUCUUAGACCCAUCUUGGAUCAUCGAGUCGAUCAUUAAGAAUCAACUGCAAUCAGUGCAGCUGCAUUUGUUUCACGAUCAAAUAUUCAAGAAUUACACACGGAAUGACCGAUUAUGGAUACAUUCUAUGCAAGGAAAACCAAGCGUUGAUGAAUCAAAUAUGUCGGAUAAAACGACUAAUAAUAAUGAGCUGCUCAUUCGAAAAACUUUAAACAAAAACGAAAAGGAGGAAAGUCCCCAAUAUUGUGAAAUGAAUAUACUGCAGCACAAUUCAAUCGAAAAUGCGGAAAAUAUGAGAAGAAUUGAGGAUCGAACAUUAAAAAUAUUAGAUCAGAAUGUACUGGGCGAUGAAAAUCAGUAUGCGGAGAAAAAUUCUCAAAAACAGAUAAGUAAUAAUUUGGCAGCGGUUUUGGAUCUUGCCGAUGCAUUUGCUUAUGUCGAUGGAAUAAAUACACAAAGCACAUUAGGUAUUUCAUCAGGUGGAGAAAUUUGGAAUGAUACAGCAGUAGGAUGUGCUCUGGGUGAAGCAGUAGUUAAGACCGCUCAGGCAAGUAAGGUUCCCUGGACAUCAUCCAUUAAGCAAGAUAAUGAUUAUAUUCGCAUGCAGACCAGGCAAAAUAAGAGAAAUGCCGAAUCAAUCUUAUCGAUUGGAACUGUGGAAAAUCCUAAAAAGGCUAGGACAAUAGUUUUUGAAAAUCAUUGCGAACAAGUUAUCUCAAAAGACGAGAAAAAGAAAAGGAUAGCUGAAAAACUGGCUAAACUUGCUGUACAAAGGGAGAAGUAUAUGCGAUCUAGAGAGGCUGAAAAAGAAAAGCAACGUGAGCAAGAAAAGGAAGCAAAAGCACAUGUUCCUGUAGAAUCUCCAAAACGAAGUGCUAAAAAAAGAUAUGUUAAACCACCUGAACCGGAAUAUUACGGGUGGAAAGAAAGUAGUCCACGUCCCAUUGCAACACAGAUACUCAACCCUUUCGAUACAGAUCUAGAAGAGAACAAUGAAAAAACACUUGCGCUUGCUGGAAUGGAAGAAAAUCAAGGGAAUAAAAUAAGCACUGCGGAAGAAAACGAAAACGCCAUUACAGUAAAAACACUCGUUAUACCCAAUAAGACAAUAUGUUUCACUUCAGUUGUGCAGCAUGAUAGGAAUGCCUUAGUGACUAUGGUUCAGCAGUUAGGUGGAGAAGUAUGCAAUGAAUUCAGCGAAAAGGUAACCCAUCUGGUCUGUGGUCGUAUAGUGCGUAAUGAAAAAUUGCUUUGUUCCAUUGCCAAGGGACUUGUAAUUGUGGACGAGGAUUAUGUGAUCGAUUCCCAUGCACAAUCAAAAUGGCUUGAGAUCGAUAAUUACGAAUGGGGAAGUGUUCAUUCGCUGAUCAAACACCACCUCCUCUCAUCACAAUCUCGUUUUCUUUCUUUUGCAUUGGCGUGCCCACGAUGGAGAAAGAAGAUCGAAAAGGAUUCGAAAGAAAGGGCUUUUCACAAAUGGAAAGCAUUACUAUAUUGCGGUCGCCGUCGAUUUGCUGAUCUUAGCCGUAUCAUACACUUUGGUGGUGGAAGAGCCUAUUUAAGGGAUGAUGUUUGCUCACUAGAAGGAUUCACUGUUGCACUUGUUGAAAAAUCGAGGUUCUGGAAUUCUCAGGAGGUAGUCGAACUUAUCGAGAACAACAUACAGUGUUUCGAUAUAGAUUAUCUCGCCACAUACUUAACAUUAGAAAAUACAAAUGAAGUUAAAAAACACUUCCAUAAAGAUUAUGUGAUCGAAUUAAACCGCAUGUUAGAUACAAGUAUUCAUCGUAAUUGA